AUGUGCAUCGGUGUUUUGACCGUUUUGGCAGAUUUCAUGGGAGCCAUUGGUUCAGGCACUGGGAUUUUUCUUGUCGUCACAAUCAUCUACCAAUACUUUGAGUUCAUGUUGCUAAGAUUUAAUUUUGGAUCAAACCCAGCAGGUUCUUUUGGCGUAACUCUACUUUGCUUGGGAUUUGGACAACCUAUCAAAGUUAAUUGGGCAUAUGUCACUGGACAAAAGGAGGACACAUCAGGUCAUUAUAAAAUAUUUGUUGGUGAUCUUAGCCCUGAGGUUACUGAGGCUAUGUUGUAUGCAUGCUUCUCUGUCUAUUCUAGUUGUUCGUGA